CUGGGAAAACGGAACGUUCUUAGAUGAAAAUCAGUAAUUAUGCCAUUAAAAUCAUUAAUUUACCCCAAAUCCCUCCCUCUCUUACAUUCAUUCCGAGACAUGAACUCGCACAAAUCUAAAAACCCAGAGUUCUGCUCUGUUCCCUCACAGCAGUAACCCCACCAGCCUGGACACUGGAACAGCUUCAGAACACAGCAGGUACAAGCACAGAGGUUAGCCAAGGGAUUCCAGUGGGAACACAACAACUUUGACUCAAGCCGAUCUACUCAACCACUGGGGCAUCUCUUCCGGCUUCAGUGAAAAAUCUGUUCAUGCCACAAGCGGUUUAAUUGCUGAGUUUCUAAUCCAGCUCGGACGUAUGCUGUAUUUCAACCCAAAAGCCUGAGGAAUUUCAGAGCUGAUUAUACAAAACUGCGUAACCCGCUGGAAAAGAUAUAAACCAGUUAAUUUCACAACUGACAGCAUCUCUUGUUCCAUGGGACAGAACUUUGGGUUAUGAUCUGAAAUCCAAACGUGAAUUGUGAUAAAGCCUGUGACAGAUCUUAUACAUUUGUUGCUGCUGUGGAUCUCUGAGCCAUGGCUUUUGCCGACCUACUAGAGCAGGUAGGCAGCACUGGACGCUUCCAGGUCCUACAUGUCACCCUGCUGAGUAUGCCCAUCCUGAUGAUGGCCAGCCAUAACCUGCUGCAGAACUUUGUGGCCGCUGUGCCUCCACACCACUGUGCCCCCCAUGCCAACAUCUCAAUGUCCUCGCUGGAUACAGGGGAUGUGCUGCUGGCCACGGUGCCUCUGGAUCAAAAGGGCAAACCAGAGCGGUGCAGACGGUAUGCCCAUCCUCAGUGGCAGCUCUUGAGCAGCAAUAGUUCUGAGGACUUUUGGGAAGAGGAAGUGGAAGAGAUAGAGACACAGGGGUGUGAAGAUGGAUGGAACUACAACAUAACAGAGAUGAGCUCAACAAUUAUUACUGAGUGGGAUUUGGUUUGUGACCUGCGCGCACUAAAACAAAUGAGUCAAACUACCUACAUGGGAGGGGUGCUUGUGGGAGCAAUAGUCUUUGGGGGACUUUCAGACAGGUUUGGCCGUCGUAUUUUACUACUAAUCUCUAACCUGAUGAUGGCAGUUGGAGGGACAUGUGCCGCCUUCUCCACAACCUUCACAAUGUUUUGCUUGUUCCGUUUCUGCUGUGGCAUGGCCCUAUCUGGUUUGGUGCUCAACUCUUUCUCUCUAAUUGUGGAAUGGAUCCCUACACGAGUGCGGACAGUGGUGGGUACAGGAACAGGUUACUGCUAUACAACAGGCCAGCUGAUCCUGGCAGCCCUUGCUUACUGCAUCAGAGACUGGCGCUGGCUCACACUGGCUGUCUCCCUGCCCUUCUAUGUGUCCUUCCUCUACUCAUGGUGGUUCUUAGAGUCUGCUCGUUGGCUGGUCCUGAACAAGAAGUCAGAGCAAGCGGUCAAAAACCUCAAAGCGGUGGCUCGCAUAAAUGGACGGCAGGCAGAGGCAGACAAGAUCGAUCUUCAGAUUUUGCAAGAAUCCAUGAAGAAGGAGAUGGCGUGUUCAACAGGAUCUUAUAGUGUUCUUGACCUCCUGCGCACAUCCACUAUGAGGACUAUCACAAUCUGCCUUAGUGCAGUGUGGUUCUCCACCAGUUUCGCCUACUAUGGGCUCUCCAUGGAUCUACAGAAAUUUGGGGUCAGCAUUUAUCUCAUCCAGGUCAUCUUUGGAGCAGUGGAUAUCCCAGCUAAAGUAGUGGUUACAAUAUGUAUGAGCGUGUUAGGACGAAGACCAUCUCAGUGUGGAGCUCUUGUCCUGGCUGGCAUAAUGAUACUCAUUAAUCUUCUGGUGCCUUAUGACCUGCAGUUAUUACGCACCAGUUUGGCAGUGAUAGGGAAGGGUUGUCUGGCGGCAUCAUUCAGUUGUUGUUACCUUUACUCUGGAGAGCUGUAUCCGACUGUCAUCCGUCAGAAUGGUAUGGGCUGGGUGUCCAUGAUGGCUCGACUGGGGGCGAUGGUGGCUCCCAUGGUGCUUCUUCUAGGGGAGGCUGUCCCAUGGCUACCUGGUUUUAUCUAUGGAGGAGCUCCAAUUCUUAGUGGGAUCUUUGCAUUCUUUCUCCCCGAAACCCUUUCAAUGCCUCUUCCUGACACUAUGCAGGAUGUGGAAGACAGAGGUUUCAGGCGGACAAAUUCCAAAAACUCACCUGAGAAAGAGGAUCUGACCAAGAAGGAUCCCAGUGGUGUCCUACUGAAAGAGUCUGUCUGAGACUCCCUGUGACUGCAAAAUGUCUGUAACAGACAAAUAGAGAUGAGUGUUGCCACACAGAAGAGCAGUGCAACUUAAGUGUUAUAUCAUAAAAACAACCAAAGACUGUGAAGGGGUCUUCUUGUAUGAUAAAUGGAGCUGAAUUUCUUAUCUUUCUGACUAGAAUUAGAACAAGUUAAAUGUAUUUACUUUUACAAAGCGAGAAUAGAGUCUCAAAUGGUGCAACGAUGCUUUUUAAUAUUUGGAAAUCGUUUGCCAUUUUAUAUGUUAAAUUUUUGUUUUCUUACCUGAAUGACUUAAAUAAAGCAAAAGAAAAAAAAAUGCUUUAUGAAUGUGUUUUGUAUUUGUUGUUUCAAUUGUUGUAAGUGCAAAAGUAGUCUAAUGUAAAAUGCAUCCAAGUAAUAAAAUAUAAAUAUCCAUUGA